AUGGCUGAAUGCGAUCUGUUUGACGUGCUCAAAAGCGAAGAAAUCAUAGCUAAAGUGACAAAACUUCUACAAGAAGGAUGCGGGUGCUCUCGUGGCUCGAAAGGCGGCCAGUGUUGUGAACAGUUUUCGAAGGAAGUUGUUCUUUCCAAGUUAAACAAUUGCCUGGAACUGUCGCAUGGAGAACUCGAUCUUGUUAUCUUGGCAAACAUUCAAGCAUGCACGAACAGUGAAAUCAUUGGCGAAAAAAGGAAACAAAGUUCGCGAUCCAGUUUCCUUUACCUUAACCGUCCGAUCUGCAGGGAUAUGUUCUUAAAUCUUUACAGAAUAAGUUAUUCACGAUUUCGCCGACUAAAAGAACAUUAUGAAGAACACGGACUUUCACAAAGGGUUCAUGGAAACUACAAGAGACUACCGCACAACACCUUGCCCCAAGCCGUAACCGAGGACGUAAAGAACUUUCUAAGUAAUGACGCCGAAGAAAAUGCUGUUUUACUUCCUGGCAGAAUCCCGGGAUUUAAAAACGAUGACAUUCGCCUGCUUUCAUCAUCAGAGACAAAAAUGAAUGUAUGGCGUGCAUUUAAAACAGUUUGCGAAGCAACGGGCAAGCAAGUUGUUGGCUACACUUCAUUUACAAAACUGUGGCAGCAGUUUCAUCCUGAUCUUCUCAUCGCCAAGCCCAUGACUGACCUCUGUUUAACUUGCUAGCAGAACAGUUCGAAACUCUUGCGGUCUGCAAACCUUCCCGAUAAUGAAAAGUCUCAGUGCGUCUUGGCUCAGCAGGAACAUUUAAAUUGCGUUCAAACGGAAAGAGAGUUUUACAGGAACACUUGUUCUGAAUCAAAGAACAAUUUGGAAAGAUUAGCAGAUACAAUCGAAUUUGAUGAGCCACAUGACCCAUGCUCGAUUGAUACAGUUAUUCACUAUUCAUUCGACUUUGCUCAGCAAAUUCACAUCCCCAGUAACCCGAUGCAGCCGGGACCGAUUUACUUUAAAACACCACACAAAUGCGGAAUCUUUGGCCUCAUGUGCGAAGUAGUACCUCAACAGGUUAACUACCUUACUGACGAGGCAAGUGACUUUGGUAAAGGGGCGAACGGCACAAUAAUCAUUUCAGAUUUUCAAAAGAGGAACCUGGCAAAAUUUACUUCAAAGAGUACAGCACUUUUCCCGAGCGAUCUCUUUUGCUGGUGAAAUUCCCUGCCACCCUACCACCCGCAGUACUUCCAGCUAAGGUAAACCCCCAAGGAUUAUCUCAAGAACGGAAGCAGUAUCUGCACCGAGAAAUUCGCCAGUUCUGCAAACCAGGAACAGAAGAUCUGGUUGCACCAGCGCCAUGA